AUGGUCUGGCGACGGCGCCGCUCUUGGCCCACGCUGGCGCCCUGCCUGGUGGCAGCGCCGUGGCUGCCGCGCCGCGGCCUGGCGGACGCCCAGAGCACGGCGGAGUUCGAGGACGGCUGCGAGAGCCCGCACUGGAGCCGCGUGCGACAGGCACUGGAUGGCGGCGCCGGGUCGGUCGCAGACGACGGCCGCGGUGAUCCUAGCGCGAACACUGUCGCGCGGAUGGUGCUCGAGGAGGCCGCCCUGGAAGCGGGUUGGGACAGCGCCGGCUGCGAGGUUGGCCGCUUCGUCCUCUCCGCAUGGCAGCUCGUGCACGCCGGCACAGCAGAGCGCGCGUGGCACCUCCUCCACCGAUUCGGCAGCGGCUUCUACGCGCUGGAGUGGCGGCCGCGAGGGGGCUGGCCGCUGCUGCGUGCGCUCGCGCGGCUGCGGGAGAGCGCGCGCGCCGACCCGGCGCAGACUUACCCGGCAUGCGGGUGCGACGGACUCGGCGGGGACGGCGCUUCCGAGCAGGCCGCCGUGGAGGCGGAGCUGCUCGAGGCCACGGCCUCUGGGCCUCUCCUCGGCGCGUCGCCUGGCGGCGCCCGCGCCGCCGCGCGGGCGCUGCCGCUGGCCGCCGCAGCAGAGCUGCUGCAGCGCGCGGCGCCGGGCAGGACCUGCCCGCUGGCAGUGGCGACGGCGCACCUGGUGCUCGCCGCGGCGCUGGCGGCGGGCGCGCCGGGGGGCGGGCUGCCGCCGGAGGCGGAGCGCCUGCUGCGGCUGGCGGAGCGCGCGGCGAAGGGCUGGGAGCCGGAGCGGCUGCCCUUCCUGGACCUCCUGACCACGGCGUGGCCCGUGCUGGACCUGCUGGCGCUGGCGGAGCAGCUAGCGCUCGGCGAGAGCGCGGGGCGGGGCAGGCAGCCCGCGGCGGGCCUGGUGGCCCGCGGCGCGCCGCCGCCCGAUCCGCGGUCUCCGCGCUGCCCGCCACCUGACAGGGCCGCCCUGGCUGCGGGCCUCGAGGCCCAGCGAGUGGAGGUCGUGGUCGUGUUUGGCCGGCGCGAGCGCGUGGAGAUCUUGCACAGGUACCUGCUCAGGAACCUGCGCGUCAAUGGCGGCGUGGUGGACCGCGUCUCCUUCGUGGUGUACCUUGCGACCACGCAGGACCUCGUCUGGCUGGACGAGCUGGUGGCCGCGCACGCACCAGUGUACGUCAUACCUCCAGUGACCGGAAGGCGCCUGGCCAAGUUCUAUUCGAUCUGCACUGAGCCCGAGACUGUUUACGUAAAGAUCGACGACGAUGUUGUCUUUUUGGCCGACGAAACUAUUCCAGAGAUGGUGAGGGAGAGGAUGCGCGGACGCUGCGGCAUCGUCUCUGCGAACGUGGUGAACCACGCAAUCUUGUCUGCGGUGCACCAGGAUAUCGGCGCCAUCCGCACCUUUUUCCCGCUGGAAGACGCAACGUCAGAGGGUGCCGUGACGGACGCAGCGUUGCCCGAGCAUGGCCCACGGCAUUGGCAGCGCGUGGACGACGCGAUGCCCAUCCUCCCCGUCGAGAAGCACGCGCAGAGCGAUUGCGUCUGGAGGCGCUGGGAAUGCGCGGCAUGGAUGCACGAGAGUUUCUUGUCCAGGCUCGAGGAUGGCACGCAGUGUGCGUAUGAUUUUGGUUGGCAUGAUUUCCACGCGCACGGCCACGGGUCUUACAGGGGUGACCGCUUUGUGCCGUUCCAGCACACUCGCUGGAGCAUCAAUAUGAUAGCGUUCACGGCGGAGGACCUCAAGGAGGUAGAUUGGGAUGACCUGGCCGAAGACGACGAGUCCGAGCUGGCGGUCAUGGUGCCGCAUCGCACCAACAGCCGCGGGUGCGCCGUAGGCCGUGCGCUCGCCGCACACUUCUCGUAUUCCAAGCAGGAGGAGGGGCUCGAGCGGCACACCGACCUGCUGGCAAGGUAUGAUGCCUUGAGUCGAACGAUGGAUGGCGAGUCGCCCUGAGCUUGGCCCGGGGGACUCCUACCUCCGUCUCUGCAUCUUCCUGUCCCUCCUUCCUCCUCCCCUCCUGCCUCCUCUCUCCCAGUCGUGCUCUGAGGACGGCUCGCUCCAGCUAACUGCAGGGAACGCCCAGUGCUUGGAGCGAGGGUCUGCGUCUCCCGCUAGAUUCCCGUCGGACCGAGACCCUUGAAACGGGGGGGAGCACGUGCCAGCCUCGCCACGAAAGCCUCGGGCUGAGCGCCUGAUUUCGUUUCGGGCGUUUCUUCCGCGCAUGGGAGGGGGGCAGAUUGCGCCCUGCAUGGUUCGGAUGUAUUGUUCAUGUACGGCCCU